AUGUUUACCGAUGCAGAGGAGCUCGAGGACCUCCCGCCGCAGGACCUGCGGAAAUUUGCGGAGCAGAUCAGCAUUUCUGGCUCGCCCUUCAGGCCGGAGGAGCUGGCGCGGCUGAUGGACGGAGAGUUGGACGCGGACGCGGAGUUUGAGUCCUGCACCGUGGAGUUCUACGCGGGGCUGGAUAGGUACUUUCGAGUGACCGACUUGGCCUUUUUCAGCCCGACGGAGGCGGAGCAUCGGGAGCAACUUGUGGGCAGCUACUUCCAAGCAGGCCGCCACCAGGUGUUGGGCAACAUGACGUACGAGGAGGAAGAAGUUGUGGAGCUGGUCGAGGAGGAUUGCAACGAGAGCAAUGAGAGCAACGCGAGCAACGACAGCAAUGCCAGCAACUUCAGCAACUGCUUCACACCUCGCGUGAGAGUCCCCCGCUCCGACCCGGGCUUUUGGACCAUUGACACCAGGCCGGGCACUGGCUGGAGCACUCGCAGCCUGCAGCCGCCACUCAUGGCGCAGCGUUUGUGGCUUCAGGGCGCUGGAGGCUGCCGCCUGCGGGAAGUGGAGAUACGAGGGUACAUUGCCAGCUCCCUUUGCCACAUCGAGGUGUCACACCCGGCCCUGGGUGCGUCGAGAGAAGCAGCGCUGUCGCGCCUCGCGUGGAGCGAUGGCGCCGUGGUGGUGGGGGCUGUGGGCAACGAGGAGCUGCGAUUGGUGCCGGGAGGCUGGGUGUCCUUCCGUCUGCGCGUGGGCGCAGAGCAGCCUGAGCUGGAGCUCGAGGUCGGGGUGCUGGAGCCCGGCAAGCCCCAGACCCUGCGGAUGAUGGCCUACGCCCCACACGCGGGGCCCGACGACUUGGGCGGCAGCGAUGCCAUGGCCAUGGCAGAGCUACACCUGCGCGAAGGGUCAAUGACCUGGAGGUCGGCCGCACUGACGCUGGGCCCGGGGCUCUGGACGGUACGUCUGGCCACGGAGGGGCAGCCACGUGCACCUGGGCCGGCUGCGCAGUGA